UUUGUUUUUAUCUUUUUUUUUACUUUUUGAAGAGAGCGUCAAGUGUUUUGUUUUUUGUUUGGGAUCUUGGAGAGAACAAAAAUAUGUUUGAUUCAUAUACAUCAUGAAAAAAUAAUAUUAAUUUUUAAUAUUCCCUACAAAACAUGAUUUAAAAAUUUAUCUAGAUUUUAAAACAUUACCCUACACUGAGGGAAAAAUCCCGUUGCGAAAUCAAGCACGUAUGUUGUCAUUUUCGCAACGACCCGUUGUUAUAUUUUUCAACAACGGCUGUUGGUGAAUUGUGCACGAACGUGCUCAAAUUGACACCGAGACGUGGUCAACUUUCGGUACCAACAACAGCCGUGCUUAAUUUGUCCAUUUGUAAUAUUGGUAAUUGCAGCCGAUUACACACGAGUAAAAAAUGACAACGGUGGUGCAUGAUUCACACACGGUCGUUGUCAAUAUGACACCGGUCGUGUAUGAAUUAUGCACCACCACCUGCAUAAUGAUGCACCACCGUUGUUACUUUGUACACCGACGUGCAUGAAUCGUACACGAUCGUUGCCAUUUUAGCAACUACCGUGUAUGAAUCAUGCACCACCGUUGUCAUUUUUUUUACUCGUGUGCAAUCGGCUGCAUAUUUACCAUUUUUUCCGUGUUAUUGAAAGAGAAAGGACGCAUUGUGCAAAAAAUUUAUUGAAAAUGAAUAAUAAUUCGCAAGAUCCUCAAAAUAUCAUUGGUGAGUUGUUAGAAAUCGAUGGCAAUAUUGUUGUGGUUCGCGAUACAAACCAUUGCAGCAGUCAAGAUGCGGAAAACAAUGAGGACGAUUAUAUGUUAAGGGAGUUCUUAAAAGGAAUAAAUAUGGAGUCGCUUUUUGAACAAUUAAAAGCAUCACAUGUAACAUUUCGCAGCUUGCAGUACUUGAAAAAAGAAGAUUUAAAGGAAGCAGUGCCACCAUUGGGACUGCGUGUUGAAUUCAGAGAAAAGCUCUUUGCUUGGAAAAAACGAAAGCUCGGGAUUGAUGACGAAACUAUGUCAGUUCCAUCUAAAAUAGGUGAAUGGUGGAAACGCAACGAGACACCUGCAAGUACUCCUGGUACUCCCGACACUACAGGUUCGAACUGCUCAAAAGCCAAAGGAAUUUUGUCAGAGGAUCUAACGGAAUUGUUAACACAUACCUCGAAGGGGAAACUAGCGCUUGAAUGUAGUAGCGUUAAUAAGAAAUUAAGUGACGAGCAAAGAGAUGAUAUAAUUAAUAUAAUUAUUGAAGAUAUUUUAACCAACAAUGUUACUCUUUACACUCAAGACUAUAUGCGCAUAUUGGAUGAAAUUUGUUCCGUUUUUCCUCUUGAAAACGAAAUGAGGGAUUAUUAUUACAUUUCAAGAAAAGGAAAGAACAACGCAAGCGGAAAACUUUAUGCCAAGUAUAGAAACAAGAAGUCCAAAAGAAUAAAGCUUUUGAUUUCCGAGCCUAGCACAAGCAAAGCAGCAACUCACACAUCUCCUAAUUUUUGUAACAAAGAUGUUCCCGAAAUUGAUGAAUCAGUUGAAAAUUCAUUGAAAGCUUCCUUACUAAGAGAAUGUAAUGAUUGGGGAUCGAUCUGCGAAAAAUGGAAAAGAUCUUUUAACAUACGGCAAAGAGAUAUAAAAAAUUUAAGUAGCCAUACAUUUCUCCUUGAAUGGACGAAGUUGUCCGAUGCAAGAGCUUCAGAAUUGGUCAACAUUGAUUUCGAUAUUAUGUAUCCACAGAAAGGCAAUCUUCUACUUUCUAAAUGGGACCAAUUUAAGAAAAAAAUUUACAAUUAUUAUGGGAAAAAUAUUCAUAACGAACAUUGCAAACAACUCUUCGCAAAUGUUUUGACGGCAAGCAGCAUAGAUGCUCAAGAUUAUAUAUACGCAAUACUGUUGAAUUCAGUUUUACCAUCACCUGCUAGGUUUAAAUGUGGAAACGGUAAAUUACGAAAAAAAGUAACAAUAGCUGAUUCGCAGGAAAGUUUCGUACUGCGACUACCGACAAUUAACGAUUAUAAAAGGCAAAUUGAUACAGUCACUGAAAAGUAUUACAAUGCUGGAUUAACUAUACAGCCAUUUAUAAUUGUGGAGGGUUUGUCCGAUUUCAAUAUAAAAGGUUUUUAUGUUUUUUUUAACCACAAUUUGUUAAAAUUUCAAUCGUUCCUCGAAUGUUUAGAUACAUGUUUUAAAAUUUUUCAUGCACUUUCUUUAAAAUAUCCAAAUGCCUGCCAAAUUCCAUGGAUUUUUAUCCAAAAAUAUUUUUAUGAAAUUAAUACUGUAUAUGAUAUAAAAUCAGUUAAUUUGACUUCACUUAUUAAUUUCUGCAACAAUAAUUAAAGUACAAUUCAAAAUGUAUAUUUGCUUUCGUUGCCGUAAGCAUUUUGAUAAGGCAAAUCUUUUAAUAGCUCAUUUGAAAACAGACCAUUUAAUGUCCACUAAAUUUUUAAAAGUACAAUGCGUUCAGGACAACUGUAAGCAAACAUUUACAAAAUUUACGUCAUUCAGAAUUCAUUUAGAAAAACUUCACAAGAAUCACACAAAAGCUCCACCAAUGGUUAAAGCCAUUAAUGUGCCAGUUGAAAUGUCAUCAUCAAAAGAAAAUGAUUAUACAAACAGUGAAACUGUUAUUAACAACAAUACAAUAGAAAAGGAUUUAAAUGUUUUGAAAAAGAAAACCUUAUAUCUGUCUUUACAAUUACAUGGUCAAAGCUAUAUGCCUAGAAAUCAUGUUAUAGAAAUACAACAUUCUGUUUCAAUUCUGCUUUCAUCCAUUUCAUGUACAAUUGAAAAAUAUAUAACUGAUCAUCCAAAUUAUGAAGACUUAAGGUACUUACUAAACUUUUGUAAAAAUCCUUUCGAAGAAACUAGAACGGAAUAUAGACUUUUAAAAAUUUUAAAAGAACUAAACUUUUAUGAUGAUCCAAAGGUUUAUGUAAUUAGCAAUCAAGUCUCGGAAAUUGUUAUCAGCGGAAAUCCCAGUUUAGGUCCAAAGUUAUCCAAUAUUUAUAUAAUGCCACUGAAAUUCAUGAUAAGUGCCCUUUUUAAAAUUCCAAAUCUCUUAGAUUUGACAUUAGAAAACUCCAAAAAAUUCCUAAAUUCACCUGUUUUACAAAAUUUUACAAACGGUGAGUUAUAUAAAACUAAAUUAUUAAAAUAUCAGUACAAUUUAGUUAUUCCCUAUGUCCUUUACAUGGAUGAUUUUCAAAUUAAUAAUCCUCUUGGAACCCAUACAUUUUCCAUAUGUGGUUGUUAUAUUAGCUUUCCUUCAAUGCCACAGCACUUGUUGUCAAAACUUGAUUAUAUAUUAACUGCUGCGUUUAUACCAUCAAAGGAUUUAAAAGAACGUGGAAAUGAAGUUUCAUUUCACAAUCUUGUAGAAGAGUUAAAAAUUCUAGAAGAAGGGGUUGAAAUUUGUGUUCAACAAAGUGUUCAGAAGGUGCAUUUUAUUUUAGGUGUAAUUAUUGGAGAUAAUUUAGCAGUUAAUAGUAUUUUAGGCUACGUGCAAUCAUUUAACUCUAAAAGAUUUUGCCGGGUAUGUAGAAGAAAAAAGUCCCAAAUGCAAUUCGACGCAAUUCAGCAUUUAGAUAGUUUAAGAAACCAAGAGAAUUACAACUCAAAUGUAUUGGAAAAUAAUUUUCAAGAAACAGGUAUUAAAAACAAGUGUAUCUUCGAAUCUUUACCAAAUUUUAACGUCACUGAAAAUUUUUGUUUUGAUAUUAUGCAUGACAUUUUCGAGGGCAUAUGUGUCUACGAUAUGUCUAAUGUAAUUCUCGGGCUGAUUCAAGAAAAUAUUGUUACGUUAGAUUGUAUUAACAGCAGAAAAUCUUUAUUCCAAUUUGGAGAAAUUGAAGUGGGAAAUAAAUCUGGACCACUAGAUUUAUGUAGAUUGAAAAACUAUAACUUAAAAAUGACAGCUAGUGAAACUAUGUGUUUUACUAAUUUUUUACCUUUAAUG